AUGUUAAGGAUACAGACAAAAUUAUUUUCUACUUCCACCAUCAGAUUAGUUGCAGUUUCAAAGAAUGCUGCAGCUUCUAAGGGGAAAGCAAAACCUCAGGGCUACUCCAAAGCUUCCUCGAACUAUGUAAAGCCUACUUCAAAGAGAAUUACUUCCACUACGUUAUACAAGAAUUGGGUUGAUACAAUGCAUACUGCAAGAUUGAAUAAAAAUGCUAAAGAGAUCACUUUACCUAUCUUUAACUCUAUCAAGAUUGAUCAAUCAAUAAACAAGGUUUGUGAUUUUUCAACAAAUCAAUUAAAAUGUUUACACCAUCUUGGUUCUUUUAAAAAAAAUCAAUACAGAGAGUUAUUCUCUAAACCCUCUUCUUUAAUAAGAAGGGAGUCCAUAGGGAAAUUAAUUCAAAAUAUAUCUAAUAGCAAUGGUAACAAUUCAAAUAGAAUAAUCAUUACUGGUGAGCCUGGUGUAGGAAAAAGCACUCUACUGGCACAAUUACAUGCUUAUGCUGUUGAAUCUAAAUAUUUGAUCAUCAAUAUCCCUUACCCUGAAUUAUUUCUUAACGGUAGAAAUGAUUUCUUUUGGGAUGAAAAUCUAAAAUCCUAUGUUCAACCAAUGUAUUUGAAAAAACUAUUGUCCAAGAUCCUAAAGGCCAAUGAACACCAAUUAUUAUCAGCAAUUAGUCUACAAAGUGACUAUAAAUUCUCUUUCACUACAUUAACUGGUGUCCAAGAGAUCGUUUUACAAAAGGAUAACCAUACUUUAUUGGAUUUAUUGAAAUGCAAGGUUAACCCAAGCCUACGUGGUACUCAAUUCAAAAUAUUCCUUGAUGAAAUUUAUUCACAGAUUGAGAUCCCGGUAUUGUUCACUGUAGAUAAUGUCUCACGUCUAUUAACAUCUUCCUAUACCGCAUAUAGAGAUACAGAGAAUAGAUUGAUACCAACGUUGAAAUUCCAAAUUGCAAGUACUAUCAUGAAUAUUGUUAGUGGUAAAAUACCUUUCAAGAAUCCACAAAGUUCAUUUGUAGCAGCCAUCUCUGGUGUGGAUCGCACUAAUAGAACCUUGCCAGUCGGACUGAAUAAAUUGGAAGAAGAUGUAUACAUUAGGCAAUAUCAUUACGAUCCAGUCUACGCUAAUCUCUUGAAGCAAGGUGACGUUAAAGAAUUUCAUUUAUCAAAGAUGAAUAAAGAUGAGGUUAAACUGUUGUUAGAUUAUUAUUCUCAAUGCGAUAUCUUGCCUAUCAGAGAUAUACAGGAUAAAGAUACAGAAAAGCUAGUGGAUGAAAAAUUCUUUAUUAGUGGAAAUGGUAAUCCAAGAGAAUUAUUGAAAAGUAUUACCUUGGCCUAUAGAUAA